UGGCACACAACUCAAACGCCCAGGUAAAUCGGUUCACGCAGAAGCCGGCUGUCUAGCAAAUCCGAUUCAAGGGCCAUCAUGUGCUACCGCCCUGUCGCAUGAUUAGGGUCUCCAGAAUCAGGUACCGGGGCACGAAGGAGACGCUGGCUGAAUCGCAAACCAAGGAAGGAGAACUCAAGCUCUUCAAUCCACGCUCAAUCUCAACUACCAGUACACUUUGUGUUUUAACAAUCUGAAACAAUGUCACCCCGACCCUUUGUCAAGAAUUUGACCUUCCAGUCCAACGACCUCGGCAAGGAGGUCACGAUCAUGCUCGCUUGGAGUCCCAACGUGGAAGGCCUCUACGAGGACGUCUUCCCGAUAGUUUGGAAAGUCAGCAAAUUCGGGAAGUCGGGUCCAUACAGGGCUACCGCGACCUACACGGCCCAGCUUGCAUUCGCCAGAGCCCAGGUCGAGAGUGGGAAGGUCAUCAGCGCUGCGACCUCCGUCAAUAUCAAUAACAACGAGAAAACAACCCUGACAGAAGCCAACGAUGUCUAUCACUUCUCUCCCCCUCAGGCGGGAACCGCUGGCAUCCUGCAGGCCCAGAACCACACUGGGAGUAUUCAAGAAAUAGCAGUCGGCUUCGUAAACAAAGGAGAUUUUAUGCCCACACCCGUACUCUACUUCAGCGAUGUUGGAGAUGGCAGUCGCGUCACGGCAAAGUUCAGUCCGGUCCUGCGUGCCUACAUCACGUCGGACUAUGAAGAGACCUCAAUCUUGCGAGGUCAAGUCGACACUCCUGCGAUCUGGUCGCAGGACCUCACUGGGCUUGCUCAGAACACAACUUGGAACCUCUCGCGCGACGCGAACACUGGACGUUACACGAUCACCCAUGCUUGAUUAGGGGAUGCGACAUCGUAUCUUCGUUCAAAUCAAUGGACUCACUAAGUUGCUUAUUUCUAUAUAAGAUUGCUUGUAUGUCAUGUAUUUUGCGCGAGUUGAAAUUUGUAGAACUUCUUAUGGGGCUUUAUCUAUGUGUUUGAAAUCUUGC